AUGUAGUAUUAAUAGUUCUCAGAAAGCGAACAACAGCAAUCUACAUUAAAUUUAGGAUUAUUUUAUUUAUUUUACAAUUCAGGUAGUGGGAGUGUUAAGGCAAAUUAAUUUUGUGUAUUGGAUUGUGCCGACAUCACUUUAAUUGUUGAUGGUAAGGAAGUGCAAAUCUCUUUCUUCAGCAUUCAAAAUGUGGCUUCCAGAAAUUAGGGUUAUAACAAAUUGAAGGAUGAUUUAAGUUCAAAUAAUAAAUAAAUCCCAAUCGUCAUAGCAGGGGGAGAUGGUUCCAUGAUGUGGGUGAUUGAGUAAAUGAUCCAACAAAAGAUUGAUAUCAAUCAAAUAGUUAUUAUUCCUUUACCUUGUGGAACAGGAAAUGAUUUUUCAAAUGCAUUAGGGUGGGAUACUGAUAUACCAGGAAACAUGCUAGAAAACGACUAUCGAAUUCUAAAACAAUUUAUAAGAUUUUGGUAGAAAGGCCAUCAAUGCUUUUUUGACAUUUGGGAUAUUACUAUCUAAACACAAUAGGAUGGAUAUUUUUAAGAGAUAAAGAAGAAUGAGAAGGGUUAUACCAAAUAAAGUGUCAAAGAUCUUGAUGGAAUGAAUACUAAUAUUUUGGAAAAGAAAAUGUCCAACUACUUUAGUAUUGGAGUGGAUGCAAGGAUUGGAUAUGGGUUUGAUAAGAAUAGAACAACGAAUAGACAUCUCAAUAAAAUUUGCUAUUGUUUAUAAGGCAUAUAAAAGAUGUUCCUGAAAAACCCAAGAUUAAAUCAAGUUGUGGAAUUUGUUGAACACUUUAAUCAUAAGGAAUAGAAGACCCUAUUCAAAACUGUGAAUUGCCAAGAUAAAAAUGCAUUAACUGUUCCUGGGAAUCCUGCAACCUUAGUAUGUUUGAACAUCAAUUCAUAUGCUGCUGGAAUUACAGAUAUUUGGAAAAAUGGAAAAACCCCACCAGAAUUUUUGCAAAGGAACAAAUUAUAUUCUGAAAAAACCUCAUUCUCUGAUGGAUUAUUAGAAUUUAUAUCAUUCGAUUCCAUUGCAGGAAUUGGAUCUGAAAGAGUAUUGGCUGGCAAUGCAACAAGAUUGGCUUAAACUAAUGGACCUUUGCUUAUUAAAUUUUAAGAAUCAAACAAUAACAACAUUGUAAAUAGUUACAUCUAAAUUGAUGGUCAAUAUUUUUCUAUCUUUAAUCCUUUGAGUGUGGAAAUCUAACCCUGUCGACAAUUACCUCAAGGAAAAAUAAGAAUUUUAAUGAAGGAUUGA